AUGUUGGCAGCACUGCUGGCGAGGUUCGGCAUCAAAGUAGAGAUACUUGACGACCGGCCAGAUCAGACCACGGUUGGCAGGGCUGAUGGACUUCAACCAAAGACUAUCGAGACCUUUCAGAUGCUGCGUCUUGGGGGUGAGCUCCUGGACACAGGAGUGAAAGUGUUUGACAUCUGCAUGUGGCGAUCUCAGCUUGACGGCAACGGAGCAGCCGCGUUGCUGCGUGUCGGGCGUGAGGUUCAUUAUCCACCUGCGGCAGUCGAUGUGCUCCACCCUUUCAUCCUGUUAUGCCACCAAGGCAUGGUGGAGGGCAUGUUCGUCGAAGACUUGAGGCAAAGUGGAGUUGAGGUCAAGCGUGGAUGCCAAUUUGAGACGUUUGGCUACGACUUAGGAGAUGCAGGCGCUCCAAUUCAAGUCACGUAUACGCAUGCAGAUGCGGAAAGAAGUCUACAGUCUGACUACCUCGUUGGUUGUGAUGGAGCUCGUUCACGAGUUCGCCAAGGCAUCCCUGGAACAUACGCGGAAGGAAACCCACACGAUUCUUACUGGGGCGUACUGGAUGGUGAACUUGAUACCGACUUCCCCGAUAUCUGGAGCAAGACUGUGGUUUAUUCGGAGGAGCAUGGCUCAGUCCUGAUCAUUCCUCGGGAACGCAACCUCACGCGAUUUUACAUCGAAGUCAAGAACCAACAGGACUCCGUUGACGAAACAUUCGUCAUGGACCAAGCUAGGAAGAUUAUGUCACCCUACAGCCUGGAAUGGCUCUCCGUGGAAUGGUUUGGGAACUACCGCGUCACGCAAAGAGUGGCAGCCCGCUUCUCAGAUUCCACCGGCGAGGCUCCUCGUGUCUUCAUCGCUGGCGAUGCCAGCCAUACGCACAGUCCGAAGGCAGCCCAAGGGAUGAACACUAGCAUGCAUGAUUCAUGGAACUUGGGCUGGAAGUUAAACCUUGCUGUGCGAGGGCUGGCGAAGAAGGACAUCCUGCUGGGGACAUACGAAGAAGAGCGAAAGAAAAUUGCUCACGAUCUGAUCGACUUUGACUACGAGCAUGCCAACAGCAUUGCCGGAGGUGAUGCCAAAGCCCUUGCGGAGAACUUUCGCACGAACAUAGGCUUCAUAUCCGGCGCUGGCGUUGAAUACGGGCGCAACGUUCUCAAUGACCUCGGGCCGCCUGCAAAGGGUCUUCAAAACGGGCAUGUGUUGCAAGGUGCAGCACAUCCCGGGCAAAACCUGCCGCCUGCCAAAGCCACACGUUACAUUGAUGACAACCCUGUCGAUGUUCAGCUAGACAUACCGAUUCUGGGGCAGUUCCGCAUUUUCCUCAUUGUGCCGGACGUGAUUGGGUCGUCGAGUUUUCUACGGAGGUUUAGCGACACGAUCAUGUCAGAAACCUCGUUUCUGUCCCAAGUAUCGGCUGCAGCCAGCAAAUCAUAUCAGGAGUUUCCCAGACCACGCAGGGCAAAGGACGUCUACUAUCGGCCAGAGAGAUAUACACCACUCAGCCAGCUAUUCACAUAUUCUCUUAUAACAACGACGGAGAAGGAUAAAUUCGAACUGACUUCACUGCCGCCUCUGCUCAGCAGAAGCAAAUGGACUGUAUACCUGGAUAAUGUCCCACAUCUUGACACACAAGGUCAACGGUGUAUGGAGAAGUGGCUCGGAGAAUUUGGAUCUGACCAGGCGGCUGUUGUCACUGUGCGACCUGACGGCUAUGUUGGCUCUGUUAUGAAGUUCAGCACAGCAGGUGAUGACGCAGGCCAGGAGGCCGCUCGCUGUCUGGAGAGCUACUAUAAUGGCUUCUUGCAGAUGCCACUAAUUUGA